AUGUUUUCUUGCCUUCGCUCUCGACUGGGACGUAUUCUACUACAACCAUCGCCCCCAUUUCGUUCAUUCAGUCGACCAAGUGCACCUUGUUACCGCCAGUCGUCAUGGGAACCUUGGGAAGACGAAGCAUUGGUCAACUUUAUCAAGCAUAACGGACCCAAGUGGACUGAAUUCUCGCGUCAUUGCUUACCUCAUCGAUCGGUGAAUGCUUGUUAUUUACGGUGGACAGAGCACCUUGAUCCUUCCAUACGCAAAGGUCCCUUAUCCAAGCAUGAAAUUGAACUACUAUACAAAGGAGUGCAGACCUAUGGCGAAGGCAACUGGCGGAUGAUACGAGAUCACAUGCUUCCAGAACGUACAGCAGCUCGAUUAUCAAAUACAUGGAACGCACUUGCAUCACCACAACCAACGACAACGACAACGACAGUACCAUCAUCAACAUUACAAAAGAAACGCUUUACAGAGGAAGAAGAUCGAUUGUUGUUAGAAGGAUACGCUCAAUUUGGUCCAAAAUGGAGAAAGAUUCAGCAACGCUAUUUACCCCAUCGUUCACCUCCCAGCUUAGCAACGCGCUACAAUGACAAACUUUCGGAUGAUGUUGGAUCAAGUGAUAAGAAAAGACUUCGAUGGACUGAAGAAGAGCAUGAUUUGUUAUUACGACGCACGAUCUUGUAUGGACACAAUUGGAGUAAAGUAGCUGAAGGGAUCCCAGGUCGAUCAGCUGUCACUUGCAGAAGAAAAUGGAUCCAACUCCUUGAUCCAUCCAUCAAGAGCAAAGGGAAUCGUCAAUGGAGUGAGGAAGAAACAUGUAUCUUAUGGCGACGGCUUUAUGCACAUGGCGGACAUUGGAAUAAGGUGGUAGAGGCAUUACCUGGACGCAAUGUGGACAUGUGCUUGUACAAGAUGCGAAAGGACUUGAGACGUUUACGGCAUGUGUUUGGCGAUCAAGUGGAUAUACGCAAGGAUGAAAACAGGCUUGAAUGGCGAGCGCGCAUAGCUGGUCUCAUGUGUGAAUGGAUUGAUAAGGAUCAACAGCUGGCUCUGGAUGCAUCAGGUUCACUUGUUCUACGUCGUGAAAAAUGGACUACCAAAGAGAUCAACCUUCUCAAGGGUGCUACCAUGACAACAACAACACCACCAGCGACAGAAGAAGAGUGGCAACGUGUAGCGGAUGCUGUUGGGAAACCAAUUAACGAAUGCAAGGAGAGAUUCGAUAAGCUUCAAAAGAGGAAAAAGCGACGUCGUGUGCUUUGGACGCAACAAGAAGAUGACAAGCUCAAGGAACUUGUUGACAAGUAUGGAGAAUGUUGGGAACGGAUAGCAGAGGAAUUACCAGGUCGUUCUGCAAAUAGCUGCUGGUUGCAUUGGUAUCGUCAACAACAAAAGGGGCCUCGUUGGAAGCAAGGUCGGUUUUCCAAAGAAGAAUCGGCAUUACUUGAAGAAGGCGUUUCGAUGUUUGGGACCAAUUGGGUAGCCAUUGCCAAGACGUAUCUUCCUGAACGCACGCCAACACAAUGUGCUCGACACUGGCAUGGGAGUAGUAGUAGUAGUAGUACGGAUACGCAAUCAGGGCCAUGGUCUUUUGAAGAAGAUGCUGCUUUGAAGUUUGCUAUUGAUCAACACCUUGUUCAAGAGGAUGAUAAUGAUACCCAAUGGGAACACAUCGCUCGUUUGGUGCCUGGUCGCUCUAUCACUCAAUGUCGCGAUCGAUGGUUCAAGGUACUUCAGCCAGGGAUCAAAAAAGGACGUUGGACAACGGAAGAGCAGAUGCAGCUUAUGGACAUUGUUGAACACGUCAAGGAACAUAAAGAGGAUGGCAGUGCAACCGUGGAUUGGAAAACAGUGGCCAAGGAGCUCGAUAAUGGACGCACCGCUUGGAGUUGCGCUUUAAAGUAUGACCAAAUGAUACGUUCAGGUAAUCAAUUUGGUUUACGUUAG